CAAUCAAUACAGAUCCUUGCUUCCUCUCUUUUAGAUCAUCAUCAUCACCAAAACAAUUACGACGUAACGAACAACACAAAAAUACCCCUUUACGCGGGAAUACUCAAGUCACAACAGCCAUCCCCCUUUCAGCUUUGUGAUCCGCAUGACCAAAUAUUAAAACAAUUACGUUACCAAUUCAAAUCAGCCCGAAAGUCAUUUGUCAGAUUUGUUGUUCUUUUUCCACUUCCAACAAUCUUCUCGCAGAAGCAAGCCUCUCAAGAAUCUAAUUUCGGAUUAUACGCCAACAUGCAAACGGAGGCCGACAGUAUUUGAAUUUCAUCAAAACAUAAUCGUAUCACCCCUGUUUAGUCUUGAACAAAAAGGCUGAACUUCAAUCUCAGCUCGUUUCGCCCUUUCGUGAGAGGGGGCGUGCAUGGAACGCAGCAGCGCUUUUGAAGAUUCAAUUGUCCAAUUUGAUCAUGUCUAAUCACGACGGUAUGACAGAACCGAGAAUAAUUUUAAGAGGAGCUUCGAUGGAAGGAAACGUAAGCAACACGAAUGCAAACGGAUCGCAGUCACAGUCCCGUACUCAAGAAUUACACACUAUUCCACAAGAUGGCCAACAGAAUGGAGCCACACACAGUCGAUUAGGUCCUCCACUUCAUUUAUCGACGCCAGACUCCGCCAACAUUUCGCCUCAAAAGAGACAGACGAUGAUGCAACCUGAUGAAAUGCCAAGAUUACCUUCUACUUUAACUGAGAAGAGACCAGAUAUACAAGUGGAGCCUUCAAAUGUGCAGAGUUCACACGAACACCCAACAGGAUCCGCUACAAGCGAUCACUUUACCAUGCAACAAAGUCCCAUCUCUAUAAGUCCUCUUGGCCAAAAUACAUCACCUCAAACGACAAUGCGAUCAUCAUCUGCUGCUCUGUCAUCUUCCCUCCUUAGCCCUGCGCUUCAACCAUUAAACAUGCCCAACCUUUCACCAGCUGUAUCACCAUUGUCAGCAGAUCCUUCAACGGAAUUUAGCAAUUUGAGCCGGUCCGUUUCGCCGUCAGUACGGCCAACUUCGACUUUAUUCGUUAAUGAAGCAAAGAGAAGACCGUUCAGCGUGUUCAUGCCAAGGGAGGCAACCGCAUCUCCUUCAUCGAUUCUACGAUCACCUUCUCCUUCUGGAUUGAGAAAUUCGCCAGGCGGUCAAAAUUCUCCAAAUGUUUCAGAAAGAGAGGAGCAAGCUAGCUCAAGUAUGACUGCUUGGGAAUUCUUGCAUGUUGAGCCAGCACCUCAACAAAGCAAGCAGCAAUCAAAUGAUUUGCUGUCCGUUCCGAAUUCUUCAUCGACAAAAGCGAACGGAAAGGGCAAACAUCGCGCAGAAGUACCGAUCAUGGAACUGCGUAUCCUUCCCGUCACAGAUACAGUGAAUAUGUUUGGAUCCACACAGACAAGCUCAAAUUAUUCCCUUUCUGGGAAAGUCAUUGUUCGUGUACACAAUGUGAUUCGAGAAUUGUCUCCGCCUUCUCAAAAGUCAAACGGCAGCAAGAAUGGUGCACACAUAAAAGGUACCAAAAAUGAUGACGGCUCCGUUUGGCUUCCCAAGAUCAAUACAGAAUCGAGCUUUUUCGAUGCGGAUCAGAUUUUUUCUGAUUAUCUUGAAAAUUAUGAUGACAGUGAUCCGUCUGCAGCGUUGCGUGUACAAGAGGUGAAUGUGAUGUCGCUCAGCUGUACCUUUUCAGGUUAUGCGUUGUACGUUGAUCAUUCGGGACGAUUUUCGGCUUGUAAGCUGACCGAGGUAACGGAAGAGCUCUUGCCAAGAGGGUACACUAUCUCUAUUCCAGAACUUGGCAAGAGUCAAGAGUAUGAAAUUGAGUUCAAUUUGUCACUGCCGGGAUGGCUUCCAGGAAGUUUGUCAACCCGAUUCGGCGGAACAUUCUAUUCUUUAGAAGCCAGGGCAAAGUACUCUGCAGCCGAUGGAGGACAGCAGCAACAGCAUGCUAUCCCAUCUUCGCUCGUACCACCUAGAAGGGGAUCAAUGUUGCCGGACACAUCGUCCUCAGACGGGCAAAGUGACUCUGAAGGUCAAUCUGUUCCCCUCAAUUGGCAAAGUCCGCAUCGCUUAGCGACAAGAGUGGCCCCGAGAACCACAGCAAGUGAUGGAGAGGAAGCUCGUCAAGCUUCUUCCAGCAGCAAAGCAAAAGGACGUAGUGAUUCAACCCCGCCGGCUGGUAAAAGUACCUGGUUGGGCAAAAGGGCGAAAAAGCUUGCAAUUAUCACUAAAGGGCCUACAAGUGGGACGGCAUCUCCUACCACGCUGUCGCCAAGUCCAUUCGCAGCUCGACAAACAUCUUUACCCGCUGAAACAAUGCCUUCGAACGAAUUCCGGAUGCCUCCAAAGCUCUUUGCUUCUAGAGGCUAUAUCAGUGCGUUCAGCGAUCCACAUGUGAUCAUUGUACGGCGAUGCAGAGAAGUUGUCCCCGUUCCUGUUGCAAGAAUGGCAAUCGUUGGUGCAGAUGCGGCAACGGCUAAUGGUAUGAGGGAUCCACCUGAAGCAGUGAGAUCGGGAAUGGUGAUUCCUCCUCCAGCAAGGCGCGAAGAUGUGGCAAGACCUCAACCGCCACCUAUCAAUACCAAUGCACCGCUUCCACAGCUGCCGUUACCGCCAUUACCUGACCAAGCUCAAGAACAACCUUUGCAAGGACCACCUGUUGCUCCAAAUACGUUUGAUCUGCCUCUCGAUCCAGCAAAAGCAGCGGCUCAUGUUUCCGCUGCUUCGACAUCGGCAUCUCAAUCCAGUCCGCAUGCUCCUCAGCGCACUUCUAGUGCGCCCGAUCCAAGCUUGCAUCCUCCCAAUCCAAACGAGAAUCAUCCAAAUGCGCCUCCUAUGCGACACUUCUUGCAUAGACCAAUGCUACAUCCACCUGCUGAUGCAAAUAUACCAAAUGCGGCGGCAGGAUUACCGUUUUCGCUCACAUUGAGCUUACCAAGUCAUGUUCCGAUUGAUGGCCCGGGAAGUGAUAUUUUGAACUUUGGCGUUCAAAUUGAAGUAGGCAGAUCAUCAAUGUGGUCAAAAGUACGUGAAUUGGGAGGAUUACGAUUGCGUGAUAUGGAGUUGAGCUGCGUACAAACGGAAAGACAUUGUUCUAUUCCUUCACGUACGUUCUGUCAUGCUUAUCCAAUGCCGCCUGAGCCUCGUGUUGAAGCAGAAGAUUUGCCAAUCUUUGGUCCACCGCCUCAACAGGCACCAAGUGGACGUAAGCUGGCUUCCAGUGAAGUUCGACAAAGACGAGGUUAUGAUCGUGGUCUUGUGCAAUACCAUAUUGAUCUUGUGCAAGCCGGACGUGCGCCUCAUCCAUCUGCCAACAAUGUCGAACGUGUUCGAACGGUCGUCGUUGGUCCUCCGCCUACUCCCAAUGCGAUCAAAGCGUCUUCGUCACGAUCCAAGGGCGGUGAACGUGGAAAGGAGAAAGAGCAAGAACGCAAGAAGGAAGCAAAAAGCGAUGGAAGACGAAGGAGUAUGCAUGGCAGUCAUUCUUUGCCAGAUGUUCAUCAUCAUGUCGGCAAUAAUCCAGCCGGUAAUGCAGUACAAGUCAAUGGGGUAGAGAAUGGAGUGAGUGGUUCCACUUCUAGAGGCAAUCUUGACGAUCAAUCUUUGGAAACUAUGCCAAACGACUCUGCCAGUAGAAGAAACACUGGUCGUGGUAGAAGAGCAUAUCAAUCAGCUAUGCGUGGUUUGAGUAACUUUGCGACUGCAGUGAUGGAUAUUUCAUUCGAUAUGGACGAUCAGGCAAAUGAAGCAGAAGGCAGAAGAGCCAGAGAAGGCGGUGGAGAGAGUCGAAAUCAGGCAAAUCAGGGCGCGGGUCAAAAGUCUACCAAGGAUGGUGUAGGACAAGAUUCAAACCGAGCAGCAUUGUACUCUUUUGCAGGCUCUGAUGGGCAUGGCGUUGAUCUUACGCGAGGGAGAGUAAGAAUGGCGAUCAAAUUACCUUUGGUGACCAGCGAUGCGACUCGAGCGAAAAAUGCUGCUACACCACAAUUAGUUUCAGACUUUGAAAGCCCGUUCACCAAAACGAGGCAUAAGUUGCAAGUCAAAUUGGGCUUCGGGUUUGGCAGUAAGCCAUUGGGCGGAGAUGGAGAAUGGGGACAAUCCUUGAUGAUGUGUGUUCCAGUCCGUUUCACUGAAGCUGCACCACGAGAAGUUCGUGAGCAAUUUGCACCUUUACCUGUUCGUCAAGUUGCCGUCGUUAGCAAUAGCAAUCCUUCAAAUACAACUUCCAGCAAUCUUGCGACUCCUGUCGUCGUUGAUGACGGAGCUGUGGCUGCCACUCCAGGUGGUAGUGUUGCGCCUGUUUUGCCGAGUUACAACCAAUUGUUCAGAGAAGACGGAUCUCGCUUAGCAGACGAAGGUGAAGAUUUACCGCAAUACUCUGGCCCACGCAAUCCACAUCCUGUUGGCGGCUCGGUGACAGGACCUUCACUUCAUGACGGUACAGAAGCAGGUGAAGAUGAAAUUGAAGAAGUGCGAGAGACUAGCUUUGAGGGAGAGAAUGGUGCUGGUCCUGGUCCCUUGCAUGUUCGUACUCGAACAUCAAGCCUGGCAGGUUCUACCGCAAGGCCGAAUGUAGGAGGAAGUGCGCCGAUGGAAGCCAGCUCGUCACGUUUGCCUUUCCUUGACAAUCGAAUCGCACCUUCACACGUUCUGGACGAGAGCAUUCCAGCGGACAAGCGUGGAAAUGCAUCAAGAGCGCUGCAACGUGCUGAACUGGAAGAGUUGCAUCGCGAAGAAAGGGAAGAAGAAUCACGCAGGUUGCGUAGGAUCUCAUCUCAUCGAGAUCUGCAAGCCGGGGUGGAAAUUUCUACUGAUCGAAUGCAAAUGUUACGUGUUGAUCAUGGUAGCGGAGGAGAAAGUGGACAAGAAGGAGAUCUUUCUGAUUCUGAACAAACAAGAAUGAUGGAGGAAACUGUGAAUAUGGAUGAUAUGGAUCAAUUUGAUGAUGAAGUACCUGCUUUCGCUUUGGGUCGUUCGCCAAUCGGCGGUGGUGGCAAUGGCGGUGCUGGAAGUAGCAAUUUGAAUCGCAAUUCCAUGAUGCCAAGUGUUUAUAGCAAUAUGGAACCUGGCUCAAUCUCAGCAACAGGUGAAGACGAAAGCGGAUUUGCUUCAACAAGAAUCAAUAAUGCUUGAUAAUGACCAAAAUUUGAAUAUGAGUACUGUACACAUUGUGUGCUUUACCCUUUGAAAGUAGUUUUACGACCUAUUUUAUGUACACACUUAAUGACUUUUACGGAUUACACUACUUCCCAUCGUAAUUAUCCAUUAAUGACGAUUCUUUUAUUAUAAGGUGCACGGGGAAAU